AUGAACUUGAUUGUGGAAGAAGACCCAACUGCCUAUUUAUGGACUGUUAUCUUCUCCUUCUCCAAGAUCCUGGAAUUCGGCGACACCUACUUCAUUCUCCUCCGGAAGCAGAAGCUGAUAUUCCUCCACUGGUACCACCACGCAAGCGUCGUCCUCUUCACGUGGUUCAACACCGCCAGAGUGGAGGAAGCUGGAUCCUGGUUCUGUUUGAUGAACGCUGCGGUGCACACACUCAUGUAUUCCUAUUACCUCUUGAGAGCCUUGAGGGUAUCAGUGCCUCAAGAAUUCAUGAUGCUCAUUACCAUUUCUCAGAUCGCGCAGAUGGUGUCUGGCAUAAUAAUUUGUGCAUACGUGACCGUCACGAAGCUGCAAAGGCACAUAUGCAACAUGUCCAACCUGAUAUUGACAUGCGCAAUUUUGAUGUAUCUAAGCUACUUCGUCUUGUUCGUGGACUUUUUCCGUAAAACUUAUAGACAGCAACAGUCUUCUAGGAAACAAAGGAAGCUUUCCACUGAUGUCAGGGAGGAAGACGGCAUUCAGUCUGUCUGCGAGGGGCCCGAGAUCAGUGCUACG